GUAAAUAAAAAUUGCUGAAUUUGCUAGUGGUGUGGAAUUAUCUGUUUUCAUCACGUUUAUUCACGAUUAUCUAAAAAACUUCAUUAAUUUUAUAAUUGUGCUUUUCAUUUAUUAUCAAAUAAACCUUCCAAUUGAGCUCUUCACAUCGAAAUGCAACGUUAUACAUUAGAUCUAAGUGAAUUCUACUCGGAUCACCGGCAGAAAAUUUUUGUCGGCAAGCGUGGUGCUUGGAAACGCAUAGGCAGUUUACUAGAGCAUGUUCGUUACGCCUUCCAGCUGCCGGAAAUUUAUUUUACGAAUCAAGACGACGUGUUGUUUCCGGAAAUUGAAGACCUGGAUGUGAUACUGGAGUCUGAUCUGAUAAAAGUACGCAAGAUUUCGAACAGUUACAGUAAUGCUCACAUUGUUCGUUCACCUUCAAAAUCCUUAACCGUCGAACCACGUGCUUUCCAACAGAACGGUAACGGAAAACACAAGCUCGAAUCAUCCGCUGAUUCUAGUUCGGAAUCGGACGCAGAUGAUAGCCUGCCCAAAAUAUUCACAGGUCUCAAAAGUCGACUUAAAAACAAUGAAACGCACCAAGAGCUGCUAAAACCCAAACGAAAAAGAAUUCGCAAACGAAAGUCCAAGAAGAAGGACGAAGAUGCACCACCUCCAAAGGUAAUUGUUAAAACAUACGGAAGAACUAAAAUGCCGGCAAUCGUUGCCGAUGAUGGUGUUGAGAAAAAACAUAUACGAUUUAACGAAGAUGAUCCCACCGAGAAGGCUGAGUGCAUUGAAGAACCUUACAGAAAUCUUAACAAAAGCAUUGCACCUCGUAUCGUGAAAGCUUCCCAACAAACAUCUCACACUAUUUGCAACAACGAUGCUCCGACUGUUCCUGAAUACAAAGACUCACCUAUAAUUGGGUUGCAAGAUGCGGUCUGUAUAAGCAAAAGAAACAAAAGUCAACGCCAACCACGUAAAUCGCUUGAAAUCAAACAAGAGUUAAUUACAGCGAGUACGCCAAUACCUACCGUCGCCAGUAACGGAGAAGUGGACCAUCAUAAGGAAAAAUUUAUUAUCAGUUACAGCGGUAUCGAAUUUUGGAGCAGCUUACAGGAAGUUUUGCCGAAUUUCCCGUUGAUUGAAAUUCCCAGUGAAAACGAUAUCAUCACCUUUCGGUACCGUGAUGUUGAUUAUCUCGCUUUCGUGGAACGUGCAGACGAUGGAGAAAACGAUGCAUCACCUGCGCUAAAAUUGACGUUGCGUCGAUUGAAUACAGAUAAUAGCGAGCACAUAACUGUAACCUUGGAUUAUUUGACGGAAAUGCGGCUCGUUGCUACUUAUCAGGGCUUUUCGUCACGAAGUUGCAGACCCCCUCAUUAUCUAGAUAAUAACGUAGCUUUAUAACAACCUGUUCUCCAGAACGAGCGGCCCAAACAGUGUAUGUACUUCAGAGGAGCGGCUGAAGUAAAAAAAUGCGAUGUCUCGUCAGCUACGGCUUUUCGUGGGUAUCACCAUAGUACGCAACUACCCAUGUGCAGACGUUGACUCGGACCACUACUAAGUAGCGAUUUGUAUGUGCUUAAAACUGUCGAUUGUCUAUCAGUCACGACUGAGCCAAUCCCCGCAGCUCAAGAUCAAGCAGCUAAGGAAGCCGCAAGCUGCCGAAGUCUACGCGCAACAGUUUGAAGCGGCACUACCCACGAUAGAGAAAUUCGGUGCAGCUUCUCUCGAAGAAAGUUGGACCAUGAUCCGCACGGCCAUCAGGGAAUCCGCGACGACGACACAUGAUGGGGAAUGCGAGGCAGCGGUGACAGAGAAAAGCCGAACCUCAGCUAAUUGCGUGAGGGUAAGGACAAGAGAGAACCUGGUCAAAUACAGCAGCAGGAGGAUCGUGACCAUAAAGAGCUAUUCACUGCUAAUGAUAUGCGGAAGUUUCACGAAAAGAUUAACCAAUCCCGUAAAGGCUAUGUGCCGCGAGCCGACUUUUGCAAGGAUGUGGAAGGUAAUAUCAUCACGAACGAUAGUGAGGUGGUCGCCAGGUGGAAGCAGCACUUCGAUGAACAUCUGAAUGGCGAUGCAACAAACAGAGGUGGAACUGGCACAGACCUGGGAGUGCCAGCAGUAGAUGACCGGGUAUCAGACCCGGACCUCCGUCCACGAAAUUCAGCGGGAGAUUGGGAGUUUAAAGGACAACAAAGCCACUGGCAAGAUGGUCUGCCCGGUGAGCUCUACAAACAUGGUAAAGAAACACUUGCUAGAGCACUGUACUGGGAAGAGGAAAAAUCUGCGAAAGUGGAUGGAGAGAGCCGUCUGCCCUAUCUAUAAGAAGGGCGACAAGCUGAAGUGCUGCAUCUAUCGUAGCAUUACGCUCAUCAACGCUGCUUAUAAAAUACUCUCCCAAGCUCUGUUGCAACGUCUAACACCUUUAACCAGGAGGUCCGUGGGGCAGUACCAGACGGGUUUCAUGAGGGCCCGCGCAACCACGGACCAGAUGAUUUUAAUGCGUGAGUACAACGUGUGCACGCAUCACAUUUUCAUCGACUUCAAGGCAACCUACACACCACAUUUAUUUGUUGAGGACUCAACAGAUGAUUAAUAGAGUGAAAUAUUCUACAAGUUUUCGGCAGAAUUUUCAAGAACUUAGGCAAACAAAAAGUCAUUACUUGCUGGUUUACGGUAGAUCGAUAAAAUUGCUGGAUUUUCGUCGAAAUAUAUUGCUGACAUUCGCAAAAAAAUUGCCGAGCUCGAUCAGCUGUUUGGAAAUUUGCCGAGAUGAAUUAAGUGUGUACGAUAUAGUUGAUCUAGAACAGCUAUGGCAGGUCAUGCACUAGAACGAGGAUAUUUAUUCCGAUAAACUGACGCGGCCGAUCAAGGCUCUUAUGAAUCAUGUGAUGUGUUACGUGCGUGUUUCGGGGAUAUUCUCGAGUCUUUUCUAGCUAUACCGAGGAUUGAAACAAGGUGAAAGAUUUUCUUGUUUGCUUUUUAACAUCGCCCUCGAAAGUAAUAAGUGGUACGACUUUCACGAAGCAAGUUCAGCUUGAAGGCUUCGCUAAUGACUUCGACAUCAUAGCACGAAACUUUGUGACGGUAGAGGAAACCUAGCUGUGUAUUAGACUGCUGAUCAAUGCGUCAAGAACAAAGUAUAUGAACGGAAGAAGCUCCAAAGAGAACAAUGUUAGUUUUCCACCCUGAAUCAUCGUAGACCAGAAGCCAGAAUAGAGACGACUUCUUGAUACAGAACGAGCCUGCUAGGCCCGGCCCGGCCUCGAUGUUUGGAAAUCUUCGAACGAAGUUGCACAACCGUGCCCAAAUAUACCGUAACAACCUCCUGUGG